AGAGAGAGAGAGAGGAUCACAGCGGCUCUACGGUCACAGGCGAGCGUCACACAGACACAUCCGUCGCGGUUUACGGUGAAUCGCGCGACACAGGCCUGCGUCCGACACCGUAAACCGACACACACCGCGGAUCGUAUGAGGCACACGAGCAGCCAAACCCGUCCAGCGGAAACCGACGAGUGUUUCAUGACAGCGAUCGAGAAGAAAACGAGGAGAAUCCAGGAAUAACGCGCGACUCCGGAGCGACAUAAUAUUCAUUCCGAGGGUUUGUGCUGAAGAAAGCCAUGAGAUCUUCUACUUGCAGCACCUGAAAGAGAUUUACAUAAUCAAGGCACGAUGGAAGAGCCGUACAAAGAUUCUGUAGCCGUAGACAUGGCAAACCCUCAGGAAGAGGUCUGCAAUGGUGGAUCCGCCGCUACUGAUGCAGUUGGGAAACUAGAGGGGGAGACCACUCCAAUUAUUUCACCAGAGACAUGGAGUGUCAGCACACCAAGCAUAACAAAGCGAUCCAUGUCCCCCCUGCUAACGAUACAAGCCACCCCAGUGGUGACCCCGGCUGCUGAGUCUCCCAACGGUGUUGCCCUGAAGGUUGCUACAACUGUGCUCCAGCCAAUCUGCUUGGGGGAGAGUCCAGUGGUAUUGCCAAUCCUUGCUGGACCAGCUGGACCUCAAGUCGGACAAUCAGGGGCCACUUCGUACCUGAUGACUAGUCAGGGUCCUGUGUCCCUACCUCUGGUCUUGGAACAACAAGUCCUCCAACAUUUGAAUCAUCAAUUGCUUCAACAAACGGCAACUUGUCCUGCCCUGCCACUGCAGAACAGCAUCCUGUGCCAAAACCCAUCUCUUGCUCUCGGAGCACCUCCAGUCCUGGACCAGAAAGGCACAAGUCCAGUGUUGGAUACUAGUCUACUGACUCUUCUUCAGAACCCUAACUUUGCAGCCAUCUUGCAGGACCUCUUCCCUGGCCAGGGCAACUCUCCUCCUACUUUCCACCCAGCGUCUUCCCCGCAAAUUGACCUUGGCUCUGCGUUCCUUCCUCCUCCACCUCUCUCGCAGCCCUACAGCUCUCCAUUAGGCCCUCUGGUGCCUCCAGCCACCUUGCUCGUCCCCUAUCCUGUUGUAAUCCCACUUCCAGUGCCUCUUCCAAUCCCAAUGCCAAUCCCAGUCCCGGUCUCCGCUUGCAAGGACUCCAAGGCAGAGGUAGAUGUCCCUAAACGGGCUUGUACUUAUAGCAAAAGCACCCAAACUUCACCUAGUGACAUCUCCCCUCAUUUUUCAUUCACCAGCAAGGAAAUGGCAGUAGUCCAACAGUCUCUUCACUCUUGCUCGUCCCCUGUAGUGACAGACGGAGAAGUGCUAGAUUUAUCCAUAAGGACACCUCAACCUUCAAUGUAUAUUGAUGUGCCACAAGGGAUCCAGCCGUUUCAGCAAGACAAUGUCCUUGAUUUGUCUAUACCUAGUAAAAGAAAGACAUGCAUCCAGACUUGUAGCACAUAUGGUCCGUUGGCCCCGGAGCGGGAGAGGGUGUGCCACCUGGGGGACGAUGUUAGCAGAGGGGCUUUGGCUCUUGGGGUUCUCCGGCCAGUAGACUGCACGCCGAAGCUAGACACCAAGCUGCUAAGUGGUUUAGCAUCUCUAGAGUUCAGCAGACAGCACAAGUGGGUGGUAGAUAGCGGUCACAGUCGGACAGUGGCAGGGGCGGUACAUGACUCUGCGCUCACCGGAAGUGGAAAUAUCGAGAUCGUCAGCACAUCGCAGACAGCCAAAGUCAUUGUGUCGGUCAAAGACGCCAUGCCCGCCAUCUUCUGCAGCAAGCUAAAAGGAUUAUCAGGCGUUUCUACAAAGAACUUUUCCAUCAAACGUGAUGCCAGUCAAGGGGGCUUUGCCGCACCUCCCCGGGUCCCAGGGGAUCAGCGAGGAGAAUCCAGUGACCCACUCAAAAAGAUCUCUAAAAACAGAGGAAUCAAACUGAAGAAAGUAAGCUCCCAGGAGAUUCAUAUCCUGCCCAUAAAGAAGCAGCGACUGGCUGCAUUUCUGCCCAGAAAAUAACACAUGCUCUCUUGCUUUCAGAGUGAGAAGGGAAAACAUGAGCAAUGAAAUGGCGACUGAGGUGUAGCUAGGUAAAUAACUACUUUGAAAAAAGCCGGUCUGAGAAAUUAAGCCUGGGUAUGAUGAUGAUAAAUGCAUUCCUGGCAGAAAUAAAGCCUAAAGCUUGUUCUCCAAGCUGUUCAAAUGAUUUAGACUGAUGCUGGCCGCUUCUGGUCUUACGGUUGGCAUUUGAUCCAUUCAUUAUAAAGCAAUCAGACAAAGUCGACAGGAAAAUGCUCCAAGUAUAAAAGAACCAAUCUGAACUGCCUAAACUGCACUACUACUGAGAUUGUUUUAGCAUUAACGCCAGACUCGACUCCCUUCCUAUGCAUUUUGAUUUCGGUCACACAUCCUCAUGAAUGAUUCAUCACGCGUGAUCUGCAUUGUCAUUAAUAUGCAUGAAAUCUGAUUUGAAACCUGGCCAGCUGUCAGUGAGAAACGCGACGUGUAGCACUGACAAAUUCUCGUCUGGCUAAUAUGCUGAAUUCUUGCUCUCCUCUCGCUGUUUACACUUGGAGUGCAAGACGUUUCCCAUUUUUGGUCCUAAUGAACUGUAGAAGGGAACCGUGAACUUUUGCUUCCCUAAUCACUGUAUUAAUCAGUGGGGCACUGGAGCGGAGCAUCCUCUUUGAAGAACACGAGGGGUAAGCAGUUAGCAUUGCAGCCUGAUAAUGACUUGGCAAAGCCCAGAUCUCGGUUUCAUUAAAUCUGAUGAUUGGAGGAAAUGGUUGUCACUAGCAACAAAGCAUAGUUUUCAUCAGCAUCCCUUUGGGGGGUAAAAAGCCUCCCUUCCCCCCGCCCCAAACCAAAUUAAAACUAAAUAAUCAUUGGGGGUUUGUCCCUAACGACAGCAAAUCUGAGUGAAAUGGCUUAUUAAUGCUGUUUUUAUGACCGUGCGUUCAACUCAAAGUAAUUUUUUUAGGUUAUAGCCAGCCAGCUGUGUGAACACACAAGUAGAGUUUCACUUGCAACAGUGUACAGAUUUUAAUGAUCCUAAUAUACCUUCAGUGUUUAGAUGGCUAAUUUACCGACAAUGGAUGUGAAGAGUACGAAUUUAUACAUCUAUCCCUCAGCAAGCAUUAAGAUCAGUUCUUUCUCGGGUAAGCCUGGUUUUCUUUAUACAUGUUACUUGUCACGUUGUGCAAAAUUCAUCGGUGUAUGUUAUUCCUAGUUUUUUUUAAUCUUUGAUGAAAAUGAAGAACUUGGGUGAUGUCAGCAAAGUUGCACAAGCAAUUGGCUAAUAUUAAGGCUAUUUAGUCAAUGUUAAAGCUACUGUUGCUAAAAGAUAAUGCAGAAUAUUUAAUGCCAAGUAACAUUACAGGAUAAAAGGUCAUAGCAAUAAUGAUAUAAUUAGAAGUGUUACCAUUUGAAUAUGUGGAGAUGCUCGAGGGUGAACUUGACCUUCAGUCCCAGUCAAAACACCUCUUCAAAAGUGUGUGAUAGUGAUUGUUACAACCCAUUGCAAACGCCCCUUUAGGUCUAGCCUAAUUCCCCUGCUUUUCAUGAUUUUCAAAUACAUUUCUCAUGGAUAAAAUUAAGUGCCACUCUUUUAAAAAAAAUUUUUUACUUUAAAGCAUUCAAAAAUAAUUUGAUUGUGGAUUAUGAAUGCUGCUUUAUGGCACAGAAUCAGUGUUUUUGUUGCUUUCAUGUGGCUGGUGGUUAUAUUGAUAGCAUGAGGGCGUGUAUUGAACCACAGGUUUCCACCCUCUCAUUAACCUCUUGAUCAUCUCAGUUUAGUAAUCAUCUUAUUAAAACUGUGUUACAGCUGACAGACUCCACAUCACAAACUCAACACUGAAUCAGACAAAUUAGCCCCAUAAGUGCAUACAGUAUAUAAAACCCAUUUUAUUUAAGAUAAAAAUUGUGAUUUUUCAUGACUACUAAACACAUUUCUCUCUCAUUAUUCUGUGUCUAGAUGGUUAUAUAUAUAUAAGCGCCACUUGAUUUACUGAGUUUACUCCUGUUGUUCAAAUGGAUAUUUUGUGUAAAGUUCACAAAAUGGUCAAGAACAUGCCAACAAGUCAUAUUGCAUCCAAAAAAGAAAAGAUCUAAAAGAAAUUAGAUUUUGCUUUAAGUAGAUUAAUAGAAACUCUUUUCUAGACCUAUUUUGGAGGACCUUUUUUGGCUUUUUUUCAUUACGAUAGUUAUCAUAAAACCAUUUUCCAUCAUAAUAAGAAAUUAUAUGUAUGUGUAUAUAUAUAUUACAUUUCUCAAUAUCAGUUACUGUGUUUAGUUGAUCACAAAAUGACUAAUAUUUUUUUUUUUUUUAAUUUAAAGCAGCAUUAAAGUUAAAAUACUGCCAAAAUGUAUAAAUCCUUUACAAUUUUAAUUGAUCCUUUUUUGUGCAUUUAUAAUAACAAGAAUUUGGAUGGAAAAUGGUGUUUAUGAUAAAUUAUAUGCAUGCAAAAAAAUUCAGAUCGGACUGAAUUAUAUUCAUUUUCUUAAAAUUAAUAAUAAUAAAUAAAAUUCUUAAAUAAAUAUAAUUUAUUUUAGAUCUUUUAAUAUUUGGGUGCAUGUUCUUGGCCAUUUUUGUGACUUUACCCAAAAUAUCCUUUAUAACAACAGGAGUAAACUCAGUAAAUACGAUGUGAUUCUAUUUAAGGUGUUGUAUUUCAUACUUCAUGCAAGUUCACCCCAUCUGUAAGAUCCUCUCCACAGUCAAACCAACACGAGUCUCAUUUGGUCACACGUGAAGAUUCUGUGUAAAAUAAUUUAUUGUUUUUACUAAGUCAGUACUAUUAUGAUGCAGUGGCUCAGAAGAGACUUCAUUCCACGUUCAGCAGAAUCAAAAUGAACUUCAAGACACCAUCAGUGGUGUGCACAGAAAGAUAGAUGAAAGCAAGGCAGGAUUUAUUUGACAUGUCAGUAUGAAAUGUGCCGUCUCGUGUUUGCGUGUUUGCUUAUAGGAAUUCUUUCAGAAGGAAAACCAGGAAGGCGUCUUUUAUAGUUCACAUUGAGCCAGGAAAGGUUUUCAUGUAGAACUUUCCCAAACGAUCAGCUUAACAGAUUUCUUCCAUUUUCAGAGUUGAUUCAAGUAUUGGGUUUUAGAGUUCACACCAAAUACAUCUGAUUAACUGCUGUGCAAAUUUACUUGUUUUCUUUUUCUUUUUCUUUUUUAAUGUCAGCACUAAAGUGUGUUAGUCCUUAGUUUUUGUCUAGUUUUCCUGUACAAAUAUCUAAACCUUCUUAAAUCAAGAUUAAAUGACUUUAAAACAAGUGAUCUGCCAAUGGAGCAAGAGAAAUAAACGUGUUCUUUUAAAUAGGCUUAUUUUUCUUAACUCUUUGGUUUUUGGUAUAAGCAAAGUCUUACUAAAUUUGGAUAACUUUUUCAAAACACAAAUUCAAUGCAUCUUAAUUUAAGAAUGUAAGACUUCGUCAAAAUUUGGCAGUUGUAAAUCAUUUUCCAGCAUGUGAUAUUAGCAUGCAGUAUAUUCUCACUUUUCUCAGAUUUUCACAAUAAACAGUUAGCAUGAACACCUAGUUUAAUGAAUAAACAAUAACCGUUUCUAUGAUAUGAAUUAAUUUGUGUUGAGACGACCCUGAAAUUGUAAGUAUUUAAGUAUGAGUUUUUUUUAACAUCAAGAGCUUUUGUGAACCACUGAAUGGGUAAAAGAAUGAAACCGAGUCUGGUGAUGUUUUAAAUUAUUUAUUUAUUAUUUGUAUCGUUGAAAAUGUGUACAUGACGAAUUGCAUUAGCUUUAAAAAGUUCAUGAUUAAAAACGUCUCUGGUAUCAAGAUCGAAGCACGUGUGGGUGUUUUUUUUCAUAACAGGUGUUGAUAUUCAAUCAUCGAUGAAUCUAUAUGGCACAACAUUACGAAUACAUGUGAUUUUUUUGUUUUGUUUAUUAUUUUUUUUACAAAAAGGAGUCUAAACGAUCACAUUCACGUCUAACUUGAAAUGCUACGCUACAAAAGAUGGGGAAAAAAACCUGAGAAGUCUCAAAGUAAAGCAAGGCAAUUUGAACAUAGCUAUUUAAAAUGGACGUAUCCUCCCGUUAAAAAGCGCUGGAAGGCAGUACAAGGUAUAUUAAACAACGAAUCCGAGAUAAACAGCCCCUCGUGACCUAACGUAACGUAUUCCCACCUCCAUACACAACGUGUUUAGCUUAAAAUAUUUCUUCUCUACAAAAUUGUACAUUCCUGUUGCUGAGUUUUAUGGUUAAACCCAUACAUAAUACGCCACUGACGUCUGAUCUAUCAAUGAAAAUGAUCAAAUAUCAACAGAAACUUCGAGAUAAAGCCGGAGUUACUCACGUCACAUUCCUACUACUUUAGUGAUAUUUCUAAUGAACCGUCUACAGGGACGCUUCGUUGAAAUGAACCAGUUUUGACGACUUUCCCAUUCUCUCGUUCAUUUCCUCAUCGAAUGCUGCGUUUCGGUCUCUUGAAUACUGUUCAGUGACUUCGUAACACAAGUCAAUUCAAACAUUCCCCAGAUAAGAGCUCGACGAGUUUCUGUAACAAACCCGAGGCCAACUCAAACAGCGUUAUCUCGAAAGCAUUAUCUCCUCAAAACAACGCUCUGGGACAUACACACUCCAGACUAAACUCCAGAGUCGAAAGAGAAAAUACAUAGCGAUAUAGGAAAAACACAGUGUACUGAAAACUAGAGUAGAUACACGACAUGAUAAAACUUUUGAUAUUGAGGUUUUUUAAAAGCAGAAGCGCGUUUCUCUCACAGUAUUUCAUUACUAAAAAGGCCUACAUGUAAGAUUUAUGUAUUUAAAUUGCAUGUAAAAGAUUAGAGUUCACAGUUUUAACAUUAAUAAACAAUGUGAUGCAUAUGUGUCAGUCAUACAGUACAUAAAUAAAAUGGGUCAGAUUGAUUUAAUAGCACUAAUUAAUAACUAAUGUGACCCUGGAGCACAGUCUUAAGUCGCUGGGGUAUAUUUAUAGCAAUAGCCAAAAAACAUUGUAUGGGUCAAAAUCAUAGAUUUUUCUUUUAUACCAAAAAUCAUUAGUGUAUUAA